GGUUGCACAAACUUCCUGUAGUACACUUCUCCGAUGGGAACCUGGGACUGACUGCUACAGACCGACUGGGAUAAGUCAUCUGACUAUCACUUUUGCCCUACUGUGUGACGACAGAGACUCACUGGUGUUCGUCUUGUCUUUUGUCUUCAGCUUUUCUAACCAGCUUCUCCAACUUUGGCCUCUCUGAAGAAGCGGGGACCCUUAAGGAAGCUUGGAGGGGAACCCCUCGCUCACUUCUGCUUGAGGAUGGAUGGAGCUUGUCUGACCAGAGCCGCCCUCUUCACAAGCCUUUGCUACGUGGUUGCGACAGAGUUGCUCCUCAGCCCGAGCCAGCCCCACUGCAUCUUCACCACCUACAGCACUGUGACAUGCUACUGGGAGCCGGGGAGGGACUCCCCACCUGACACCGUCUACACCUUCGAGGCCUACAUAACAAGUUUUGAGCCCCCCUGCGCCUCUUUCUUCAAACACGCCUUCAGCUGUACUGAAGUGAAUCAGACACACUGCUUCAGCAUGGUCAACUCUACGGCUCGACAGUACUUCUUCAGGGUAGUGGCCCUCAGCUCCACUGCAACAGCCAGUUCACCCUCCCUCUGCAUCAACGGCAAAGACGCUGCUGUGAAGAUGCACAACCCGAUAAUCUCUGACCUGAGACCAGUAAAAGACAAGCCUGGGUGUUUGGAGCUGGUGUGGCAUAAACCUCAAGACUUCACCCUCACCCGCAAAUCCAUCUGCUCAGGCGCUGUGACCUACGAGCUACGAUACGGCGCUGAUGACCAGCCUGGGACUCGCACAAAGCAGAGUUAUCUGGGAAUGGCGCUCAAUAACCAGGAGUGUUUGGACUCCCUGAAGAUCAACAAGACCAUCCGUCUUGUGGAUCUAUGUUCACUCAACCCAUUCACCCGGUACACAGUCAGCCUGCGCCAGCGAUACAAAACUAACUUCAGUGACUGGAGUGACUGGAGCAACCGACUACAGAACUGCACAGGGACAGCAGCCCCGACUACUGUUCCACAGCUCUGGAGAACAAUCGAACCCGCAGAAGCGUCUAAUCAGAGACACGUGACUCUACUGUGGAAGUCUCCUUCAAAGAGUCAAACAGCUUGCACCAGCUUGUGGUUUAAUGCGUCCUGCCGAUCGGAGAGAUCCCACAAUGCACCGCAAGCCUGGAGCUGCCUGAAUUUGACAGACAAUCGCUGUUGGUUGGCGCUGCCCACAGAACGCGUUGCCUGCUCCCUGACCAUGGCCAACUCCGCGGGUUCCUCCCCUCCAGGCUGGCUUUCUGUCCCGGCACCCACAGACGCAGUGCUGGGCGCCGUAGAGAAGAUCACCGUCAGGGCACUGGACGACUCCAGCCUGGAGGUUAGAUGGUCUGCCGUCACACGUCGCUCUCUGACUGGUUUCCUGGUAGAGUGGACGCCAGCGUCGGAGAGGGCCAUUGAACGUCCGCAGUGGGAGAGGGCGAGCCACGAGGCCAGUCACGUGACCAUCACCGAUUUGCUGCCAAAUGUGCGCUACAUUGUGAGCGUAUGGCCCGAGUUCGGCAACGAGAGCGGCGGGGUGAUUUCAACACAGACUUACACCAGAGAAGGGGUGCCCUCUAUUGGCCCCAGGCUGGAAGUGCAGGAGCAGGACAGCAGUACGGUCCUCCUGAUAUGGAAGCCCCCGCCUGUAGAACAACGGCACGGCUUUAUCACCCAAUACAGUGUCUACUGUGAGAGAGAGAGCAUCACACGUGAGGUGUACAGGGUGGCCGGGAAUAAGCAGCGUCAUCGCCUGACUGGUCUCUCUGGGCUCUAUAGGAUCUACAUGACGGCUCACACCGUGGCAGGAGAGGGAGCAGCCGGACCAGCUCUCUUAGUCACCGUUGCGGAAGCCUAUUCUUUGAGGACAAUCCUGUUUCGCAUCAUCCCUCUGGUGUUUAUUGCAGUGAUGCUCCUCAUCCUUGUUGCCUUUGGACUGAGGAUAAAGAAGAGUGUUUGGCCUUGGGUUCCCGAUCCUGCCCUCAGCAGCCUGUCGGCCUGGUUUCCCACUGCCAUGAAACCCAUCAGUGAGAAGAUAAACUCCGGAGGGGCGGAGCACACCUCCACCUGUACACUCACUCAGCCACUCCACAAUUACACGGAUUACCAAAACUAUGUUUACUGUCCAAUCUAAGCGAAUCAGAGGUGGGAGAGGGAGCACAGCUAUGGGCAUGCGUAGCUGCAGAACAACACUACUAUGUAAGACAUGCUUGUUGAACCUUCGUCCUCCUGUUGGAACCAAUAAUGCAAAGAGUCGCAGCUCCUCUGCGUUCACACACAGACAAAGCAUUUAAGUACGUUCUGAAUCUCUGUUUUGACCGUCUCAGUCCAGAUUUUGGUUCAACAUCAAAAAUCAGUGAAAUGGGGCGAUGACAUGUCUUCACCCCCACAAUCGCUGUGCUCGGGCAGCUCCUUGUUUGGGUUGACAUGCUGACUGAGCCGGCGCUUGAGUCUGAACAUGCCACGUGCCUUCAUAACAUGAGGGAGGGGCAACAGAACAUUUAAGGGGUACAUACCAUUCCCAUGCCAUCAAACUGAACAACUGGGGGCUGCUUUAUAAACAGUCCAAGUGAGGCGUGCUUUAUGGGGUAUUUGAAAGUUUGCUCUGCCAUUUAUGGCAAUAUGAGUUGUGUGAGUUCUGUACCAGGACAUUUAAUACCCAAAUCCGCAGAAAAUCCACUUGGAAAAUCUAAUUUUUUCCCCCAAGUAAUCCACUCUGUGCAUAACUGUAGUCCACCGACUUCCGGUUUCCACUGCAGCGGUCAUACCAGUUUCCUGUUUGUUGGCGCGGGCUAUUGACAAUGACAUAUUUUUCGCGAUGCCUGCCAGAUUGAUCAUGGUUAAAUGUCAACCACCUCGUUUACACGUGGUUUUAAAAUGCGUUUUUUUGCGACUGGAUCACAAGUGGACGGCGCUAAACACAAGUGUAAACGACCACCAAAACGUUUUGUGAACCGGUUAAUCAGACCACUUGCCGGGGUGGUCUGGGACGCAUUCGACCACAUGUGUUUUGUAGUGUAAUCGCUGAUGCGUCCUGAUGCGUCCCCGACAAGGACGUAACAGGAAAAUACGUCAUCAAUGCAGUAUGUGGUGGUUGUUUUGGUAACAGCGCGCCAACUUUCGAAAAAAUGGAGAGAGAGGAGGGUGUAGGUGGUUGGAGUACAAGUGAAACGGGACGCCUGACCUCCAUCUGGGCAGAAGAGUCAGUCCUGUCAUCUCAACACCUUCAACAGUCCGUACAAACAUCUUCACACAUUAGCUGCUGUUUUCACAGCUAGUCGGCAAAUUUGGCGCUUGUCUGAGGUCCUUCGGCUUUGUAGCGGAAGUGACGUAGACAAUAACGAAAUCGCCUUCUUGGGAGUAAUGAAAUCUGAUCACAAGUGGCCAGCAGGACGCAUUUGGAGACGCGUGAUAGACACGGGUGUAAGCGGCGAUGUGUCUCGCUGUCCACUUGUGAUCCGAUCGCCCAGAACGCAUUUUAUACCCCAGUGUAAACAGGGUGAACACACGCACACAACUGUCGACGAACGUUUCACCCGCACCUACCAGCACGGGGGAAACGUUUCAAGUUGUACUGUAUAUCAAGUUACGUCCACAGCUAUGUGGAUGGUCCGUACAACUUGAAACUUUCCCCCCGUCUGCUGGUGGGUGUAGGUGAAAGUGUGUGGACAGUUGUGUGCAUGUGGUUGACAUUUGUCCGUGGUGAAUCUUGCAGGCAUCGCGAAAAAUAUGUCAUUGUCAGUAGCACGAGCCAACAAACAGGAAGCUGGUAUGACCGCUGCCGUAGAUACCGGAAGUCAUUGGACUACAGUUAUGCACAGAGCCGAUUCUCUAUGGAGGCGCUGUGGCUUAGUUCAAUCCCAGCCCUUCUCCGUGCGCGUGCGCGUUUCCCUGUGUUCACGUGGGUUUCCGCUGGGGGUGCUACUUUUUUUCCAGCAGUCAAAAGACGUCCAUGUUAAGGGAACAAAAAUAUCUAAAUUGCUCAUAAGCAUGAAUGGAGUGUGUGUGAGUGAGCGAGUAUAUAUGGGCCAUGCGAUGGACUGGCGGCCGGUAAAGGUUGUCCCCCUGUCUUCCGCCCAGUGCAUGCUGGGAUAGCUUCCAGCUUUGGCUCAGUGAAGUUUAUUUAAUGAAUGAGGCUUGUGCAUUGACUUUUGUUUGUCUCUUGGUAUAAGCAGGGCAGCCGUGGAUGUACUCAAGUCUAAUAUAUUAGGACUUUAUGGGUUGGAGGAAUAAUAUUAACCUGAAUUGUAUGUUGCCAGGGCAACAUUUAAUUAUAUCCAUCACUGUGAGCCUUGCUUUCCCCUACAGAUGGGGAAUACUGUAAUAUAGCUGUGGGUGAGAUACUGCAUUCAUUUUUUUCGAAUCUCUAAUUGUUCACAAUUUCAUGUUUAUGUUGUGUUAUUGGUUUUGGAUGUGACAAGAUAGGAAAUUAUUUUCUCUUUCGUAAUUUUUUUGUUUUGUAAUUUUCUCUUCUUUUUUAAUGUUCAAUUUUUGUAAUUUUGUCAUUUGUAAUAUUGGGCUGCACAAAUAAAAUUGAUUUG